GUUCAAUUUCUCUUCGGCCACUGUCGGUGUAGCGUCGUCGUUCUCGUCGUCGUCAUUGUCGUUUCUCGUCUUAGCCCCUCAGAGGUGCUCCUCCGUUGGUGUCUGUGAGUGUGAUUUCGGUUUUUUGAAUCAUCCUUGAACAAAUCUUUUCCUGCUUCAGACAGAAGUGUGUCCUUGCUUCGGGCGAAGAAUUUUCUUUAGGGGUUGGUUUUUUUAAUGGUUGAAAACGGAAUAUUACAGGAUUAGAAUACUAUUCUCUCUUUUUGAAUUAGCAAGUUCUUGAAUGGAAUCCCAUCCGAUUCGUGUAAAUUGGGAAAUUCCUUUGUGUUUCCGGGCUUUUGGAAGGAAAAGUGAAAAAUCAAUUGCAAACGGAAACGAGCACGGCUGCCGAUGAUUUAACUUUCCCCUCGAAUGAGCAUUUUCCAGCUCUAGAUGUGAAAAAUUAUCGAGGGUAAUUGAAGGGUGAAGCAAAAGUGGUUCACUAUAACGUGUGCUCGCAAGGAAAAUUAUCGAUUGGGUGUUUUUUUCUCCCUCCCCUUUUUUUCUCAGCCGUCUGCUUCUGGUUCCGCCAACGUCGCCACUUUUGCUGGCAGGACACACAACCUAGCAAGGGUGGAUAACUCGCGCUUCUGGGAACGCAGGUUGUGAAAAAGUUUUCGGGACGGGUCCAGAUAGCCGCAACUCGAGGUGGGAAAAUGUGGUAGAAGUGCGUGUGAUUCGGGAUAACAUCGGAGAGCCAUUUUUCUUUCAUCGGCUGAUAGUUUCCAAUCAUUCGGUCAGCUCGGUCGAUGCAAGAAGAAAAAGACUGAAAAGUACGCAAACUUUUUCAGGAUUAUAUGAACGUUGUAAAAGGAUUAAAACCUUCCAGUCGCAUCGAGAAACCCGGUAGAAGAAGCGGAAAGGUGCGGAAAAUGAUCUCAUUUAACGCUUGGUUGAAUGCCCACUUCGGUGUUUGAUUGAGGACAUCGAACAAAGGAAAAAUCAAUAAUUUCCGUUUCGUCGAAUAUCAUCGAAAACGGACAUUCCGGAAGUUCCGCAGCUGCGGUAGGAUAAGAAGCCACCUUUGAGUUCUCUGCUGAGAAAGCAGACGAGAGAGACAGAUAAGGCGAUAAAAAUAUCGGAAGUCGUCCAGGCAGCAGCUGUCCAUCCAGAAAACGGCCCCUCAGGGUGACGUAUUACGCCUCAAAGCAUCUAAACGCACCAGCCUAAUAGGACGGGGAAACGCGAAACACCUCCUGUCAGACACCAUCCUGACUGUGGACGUUUGUGCCGCAAUAAAAUAUCGCCCCCAUAUCUACAUACAUACACACACAAAUAAACACACCCACACAUACCUGUACACUUUCGCUUUCGCCGAGCGAGGAAAAUUUCCCGCAUUGCAUUGUGUGUGGAAAAGUAGAAAUCAAACAAGAAAACAGCGCUGCGCUGUCCUUUGGCGGUGGUGAUAAAUUACUUUUAUUCGGAAAGGCCUAGCCAGCUGAACCGAAGCGAAGGAAGUCCCGGGAAAGCGUGAAAGGAGCUGCCGCGCCGCCAUCGUUAAUUAGUUUUUCUUCUUCCUUCUCGUGUGUGUGUGUCCUGGACCGGGGGUGUUCAGAGCCCAUCGGCAAAAACCAGCAUUCAUGAUCGGAUCAUUUUGGAACCUUUGUAGAGCGUGCCCUUCAAUGCCUGUAGAUAAGCUCCACUCGGAAUACAGAAGCACCUAUCGAUGGCACGAGUACACCGGAGGUCCCGAGGUCGUUCGCAAGCCACCUGUGCCAAAUCAAUUCGCCAGCUCAAAGGUGGAUCACUUCUUCUCCAAAUCAACGGAGGAUGAUAAGUUUAUCGAAGCAUCGAUCAACGAACCGCCCCUGCCGAGACGGAAAAAAUGCCCGGAGCUGGCCUACCGGACCCACGAAUUUCUCAGCGGCAGCCGGGGUGGCCAGGAACCGUUGAGCGCCUCGACCGGGGGCCACGAUAGGCCGGAUGCAGCCACGACUCACUCACGUGCUAGGUCGGGCGAACGUGGCACACCGUCUAGGCGCAGUAAAUCCGAGGGACCGCCAGGUGUCGCCAAUGGACGACUUCCGACCGGAACUGGACUGGCCAAUGGAACCGUCCACCACGAGCCGGUCCCGGUCGAGGGCAAGGCGAAGGAACAGGCGGGUGAGUCUAGUGGCCUAUUCAAACAAACUAUUAGCAAAUUGAGCACAGAGUAUCGACUGCAGUUCGUGUGGCCGAACGUGCGCAGAGCGAUCAAGGGGGCAGGCAAGGAGUCGGCGAUCGAGCCGCCACGAAAGUCCCUCUCGAUGGGUGCGAUCAAAGCGGCCCAAGCCGCCCACGCCCACGCCCAUGCCCAGAGCCAGACGGUGCCCACAGUGCAUAAAAAACGAACCACGAACGAGCGAGAAGCCAAUGCCCACGAGCUGGAACCGCUGGUAAACGAUGCCGGAGACGACAAACCGCACCACGAAAAACGCGAUCUGGGCCCGGCCAUGGAGCACAAACUGCGGGCCUACAAAACCGAGAAGGAAAGCUUCGGCUUUGCACCGGAAGCGGGCGCCGGGGGCCAAAAUCGGGGAACCGGUCCGUCCGACUCGGCCUGGUACAAGGAAGUGCUGGAGUUGCGGAAAAAAGCUGGAGAGUACCGGAACCGAGGAUGGGGCGUGGAAAUGAAUCAGGAUAUGCUUAACAAGCAGCAGGAGCUGUGGGAACAGGUGUCCCGCAGAAGUUCCCUGAGUGCGUUGUCGCUGGCAUCCAGUAUCCGCCCCAUCACUAAGGAGGAAAAGGACAAGCAGAACAACCUUAAGAGCUCGCCGACGAAGCCGCACGCUCGCAAGAUUCCCGGCAGUGCCCGGCCGGUCGAGCGUCAGCUUCCGGAUGGGUUGAACAUCAACCGCAACUUCCGACAUCACCUGGAGCGGACCACCGGAAUGGACGUGGAAGAGGGUGCCCUACUGCCAUCGCCCACCCGGGAGAAGCUGAUGCCGGCAAUACCCCGCUCCAAGGGUGACAGCCCGCAGCGUGGAAGCCCCCAGAAGACGGCCCUGUCCCGGCACGGAAGUCCCCAGAAGGGAAGCCCCCAGAAGAGCAGCCCCAAGAAGAUGUCCAGCAAAGGACGUUCCCAAUCGGUUGGACCGGCGGUGGCCACUGACAGCAGUGUUGCCAGCGUCGGCGGAGGAUCUCCGAAGCGGCAAAUCCGCUCCGGAAGCACUGUCACUGCCUCGACCGCUGCCUCAGCAGCCAAAGCGCACAACAAGAAACCCGCGACGGCAACAACCCCGUCGCAAUCGGAACGCAGACCCCGGCCAACAACCCUUUACCAACCCAAUACCACCAAAUCCACCUCCACCAACCAUUCCCGCUCAAAGAGCAGCACUUUGCCCCAUUCAAGGGUGCAUUCCGCCCCUCCCAGUAGAUCUCAGGUGUCGCAUCAGAUUAACAAAGACAUCAAAAACAACAAUAAUAUCAACAAUACCAACAACAACAGCAACCUUUUCACCAAUACCGCCAAUAAAAACAACAAUAACAUCAGCAACAAUAACAACAAUCAUCUCCCCAACAAUCAACAAAAGACCCCCAAACCCCCCACCACCCUGCUGUUGCCCGAUUCGGCCAACAACAACAUUUCCACUGUCCUUGCCCCAACAAUAACAACAACAACAACUAUUGAUUCGACCACAUCCACCAUCACCACAUCCUCGCAUCCUUCACGCGCUAAGCUCACACUCGGUACUAAGAUCGGCUCGCAGAAUCGGCCCCGAGCGGUAGCCCCGAACAGUAGCACCGGGGGCACCCCGGCCAGCUCCUCGGCCAACAGUUCCGGCUGUUCGACCUUGAAAAAAGAUGCGUCGCGCAAAAUGGCCGCUGCAAACAGCAAAUCGCUAACCGAUUCGGGACGCAAAACGAAGCUUGCCGCCGCCGCCGGAAACGAAGAGGACGCCGACAAGGACGGUGGAAUUUCGGCAGCUAGCGUCAGUCCGUUGCCGGCGCCGGAAAUAACCGAGCAGAUCAUCAAAUCACCGCCGGAACCAACUCGGGUCAAAUCGCCGGAGCAGAUCAUUAUGCGUUCCCCGGAUCCGGUCAACUGGACCGUUCCGCUGGACACCGGCAAAACCUUCACCGUCACCCAAAACGUGCGAGAAGGUGAUCCAAUGAUUCGGCCUCAUAGUGAGAUCAAGGUCUCAACUCCCGUAGAUCCACCACCAGCACCACAAUCAGCACCGCCAGAGCUUUCAGAACAAUCUAAAUUACCUAGUAACAAAUUGGAACCCGAUUCAAUCAAGGAAUCCGAGGACGAAGACGACGAAGAUCAGCCCAAAUCCAAAUCAUCAGUCACGUCGUCGGCAAAUCCGACCACGGUAACUUCGGCAGGAAUCCCAGCCGUGGCCCACACUGUAACGACAAAACCCGAAACAGCACCUUUAGCAGCAUCAACAACUACUACAACGAAUACAGCAGCAGCAGCUCCGGUGCCAGUUGCGGCUCCGAUUUCGGCUCCAGCAGCUGCAGCAGCUCCUGUGGCUUCUGCUCCAGCUGCCGAAGUUCGGUUCGAUAAGCCGGUACCCGGGUCAACGCUUCGCUGUCUGGAGGAUCCGACCUUCGACACGGACAUCAAUUCCCCGCUCGGAUCCCGCAGCGUCGUUACCGAUGUUCUGGACAAGGCCCGGGACCGGUUCGAUCGGUUCUGGGGCAACCCGGAUGGAGCCAAACCGGACGAGGCUUAAACUCCGAGUUUCUGUGUAAUUCACUUACCCGUAGAGAGCUUGUUGUAUAGCUGAAUGAACAUUCUAGAGGGAUUUUUUUAAAAAUAAUUUCAGAUGAAUCUUUGACUCAAUCGUAGACUAGGAUCGAACGAAUUGUAUCCGAAGGUAUUCAACCAUGCUUGCAUUCACACAACCAAGAAAUGUUAAAGGGAAUUCAGAGCUAUUGAUUCCGGAAGUUUGGCAAGCUGCGAUGAUUGAACAACCCUUACCAAUGCCUCUCUAUUUCUUGUACUUGCCGUAGAUAUCCAAGAAGUGAAACAAUGAUGAAAUGGAAGGGAGGUUCUGGAGACGAGUUUGAUGACUAGAGAUCAAUGCAUAGCAAAAAAACGCAAGGUACCAUUUCUGACAAGUCUCUCGUCUCCCAGUUUGCAAGAAUCCUCUCUUCUCGGCACACUACUUACAAAUAAUUUCACCUAGCAACUGCUUUAGGAGAUAGGAUUGUCAGUUUGUGAGAAGAAAAAAAACCAAUCAGAUAUAUCUACAACAAUUAUCACUCAUAAACAGUAUCAUUCCGCGACUACAGGGUAGACGAAUAAUAGCGUUAGAGAAAAAAUUUCACCAAAGCUUGUUUUUUCAUAAAACAUGCAAAAUUAAUCACUCUGUUUUUUUCAGUGUUUAGGUAACUGACGUUAGUUCAUUGAAUGAUCCGUUACAGAUUGCAUGAGGUUCAUUUUAUAAUUCUAUCUGAGCAGAAAUUUUCAUCCUUUCAACUGUUAACCAGGUCAAGCUUUUUGACAUUUUCGUUUCCGUAUGAACGAAUAAAACAUAAUUCGAUCGAAUUAAAUUGAGAACGCCUCUUAAAGCAUCCAGGAACUUCCGUUCGAUCCAAAAAAAAAUUUCCUGUUCCUGCUGCAUAUUUAAUUAGGCUAACGCAUCCGGCCCGAUUCGGACUCGGUGACAAAAGUUUUUACCUUAGUUGAAAGUUGAAUCUCCUGGAAGAUCGAUUAAAACGAAUUAAUUCUCCAAUUCGCCUCCACGCUUUAUCUUGCGUUCGAAAGAGAAAAGUUUUUCUCAAAAGCUCUUUUAUUUGGCCUUUGUUUUUUAGCUUCAACUACUCAGUUUUAUCGGAUAGAAAUAAAAGGCGAAACACAAAUUACAAACUAUCAAUAUACCUACUUACUCACAGAAGCAAAGAGCAACAGAUUAGGUCUAAAUAUGAAUGGCCCGUCCAUUUUUCGCUAGUAGAAAAUUGGUCUCUCGGAAUUUGUUAGCAUAUACAAACACAGAGCAGUAACAUAAACAGGAAAUCAGUGAAAACAAAAACCAUAAGCCGUCGAAUUUCUGGUCCUACGUUUUGCUAGUUUUUGCGAGAAACACGCCAUACUUUACGCAUCGACAGUAGUAGUGCUUAGUUCGGAGCUAGAACUGCAUUUGAAAGACAAAAACAAAAUCAGCAACAAAUAUCCCGACCACAUGUGACGUGAAUGCUUUUUGCGAAUAGUAUUUUUUACGCUCACAAUGGUAGGUUUAUAUUUGCAAAACUCUGACUUAUCUGACGGAAAACAUAACAUUCAUCCAUUGAUAAACCUACGUAUAAGAAAAACACCGUCAUUGCUAGAAGUCUUACGCUGAAAGUACAGCUUUGGAAAUUUCACAGAUUUUUUUUUUUGCUGGGAUCCUCUUGGGUUCCAACUCAUGGACCUCGCCGUAGAAGGCAAGCGUUCUACCAAUUUCGCUAUGGGGUCGAGCCCUUUAUCGAUUAAAUUCACUUGAGUUGUUUUUUUUUUAUUUUUAAAGCAAUUUGGCUUGGGCUUGCUAAAAAAAAUAAAGCUUGCUCUUUACUUUUACACAGAUUUCCAUCAGAAUGACAGCAAGUCCUAGUGAAAUUGGAGUGAAAGCUAUUACUUUCUCUGUUUAACACACGGGAAUUUUUAUGGGUCGAUUCACGCAUUGGCUGACAUAAUUGUUUUUGACACUUCACAGUUCCUGUUUUGAUUCCUUAUUUUCUUAUGCUACACGCUGAGGAAAUAAAGCAAACAUUUGGGUCCCCAUUUAAUUUUCACUCACUCAUUUUGAGUAAUAGUUCUGAGCUCGAUUUUGGGAUGAAAAAUAUGGAAAAAAAGAGUUGUUAAGAAAUUAGAUGUUUCAAGAAUCAAACAAUGAAAAAAUAAUCACCACGAUCCGAUUUAUACUCUAUAGGUCGAAAGGGAGACACACGUCUUCACUUACUGAAUGUUGUCCGUUGACUGACUCCCGCUUUAAGAAUAUGCUUGGUUUAGGCAUAUUCUUAUAACUUUUUUAUACAGGUAACUUAUUCAAACCAAAUUGCAAUUAUCAAGCUGAAGGUUGAAUCUUUCUGAUGCUAAUUUUUCUUUAUUUAUAACUAAACAACGAAAAUUCUGAUGUUAUGAUGGUUUCAGAUCAUGCUUUCUUAAGAGGAUCUGCUUCGGAGAACCACUUGGAACGCUUGUUGACGGUCGGCACGUACUCUUUUAUCCACCGCUUCCAUAACUCGUCGGCCAGUUGCUGAGACCUCUUGUAAGCAUCUUGAAGUGCUUCUGCAUGGUUGGUAGGUUUAAUGACUUCAUGGGGCUCGUUGGGAUCUGAACCUGGACAAAGUGCACCUACCACUGGAUCCGUAGAUACAAGAGUAAGGGGCCGGCUGUUGAUCAUGUCCUCAGUUUCAGCUAUCGUAGUCAAGAGAAUUUCAUCGUUCAAUCGACGUCCGUCGUCUAAGGCUGCCAUGACCUGCUUCACCGAGCGCACCAUCCUCUGUCCUCUCUCACGCCCCUCCCAUGUGGGGUGUUCCUGGUGGGAUGAAGUGCCAACUCGUGAUAGCAGUCGUAAAUUCGUCGGCGCAAACGUUGUCAAUCUCUCGUACUUGUUGGAUUAUCUCUUUACUCGCUCCUCGCAAGUUCGUCCCGUUGUCCGAAAAGUAUUCAGAGGCGGGACCUCGGCGACUUAUGAAACGGCGGAUCGCCAUUAUGCAUAAUUGCGCGGUAAGACUGUGGGCGACUUCUAAAUGUACCGCCCUAACGACCAUACACGUGAACACUACGAUUCAGCGUUUUUCUCUGCGGCAACCAACGACGACUUCAACUGGACCCAUAUAGUCAAGACCAACGAAAGUAAACGGCCGUUUGAAAGGGGUUAAUCUUUGCACGGGUAGUGCAGCCAUUUUGGGAUUCUUUGGUAGACAUUUUCGGACCUUACACCAUAUGCAGCUUCUCUCGGUUCGUCUAAUCAAAUUUGUGAGACUGCUUACCACGAAACGUUGCUUGAUUUCGUUCUUCACCGUUUCUCGAUAUCCGUGUCCAAACCUCUCGUGGUAUUGUUGAACCAAAAGAUCCGUGACACAGUGGGUUCUUGGUAAAAUAAUCGGAAAUCGAAGGUCGAAGGGGAGGAACUCCGCUUUUUCGGAACGCCCUUCCAUCCUCAGCACAACAUCUGCGUCGAUCAAAGGUACCAGCUUGAAGAGAGGACUCGAUUUCUCCAACGGCAACCACUUUUGGAAAGGUAGAUAUGAGUUCCGCUUCAGUUUUUUUUAUUUCGUCACUGAAGGUCUCGCUUUGAGCCAAUCUGAAGAGGACAUUUUCAGCACGUCGAUGCUCAUCUUGCCGCAACGGAACCCCUAUGAAUGAAAUUUCGAUCAUGAUGAGCCGUUUAAGCUUUGGUGUAGACAGGACAGUUUCGAUGGGCUUGCCAGCACCCUUACGCCGAGAGUUAGAUAUGAACCGGAAGACGCACGCCACUGUGUGAACUGCUACAUUCCAUUUCGAAAAUCUGGCCACGUCGAUGAGGCAACUCGGGAGCUCAACACUGUGGAAAAUGUGUAGAUAUUGCUUUGAUUUCCGUUUUUGUAUUUGCAGCGGGAAGAUUUUGUUUAGGCCAUUUCGACGGAUGCUGGUACAGGAACUCCAGGCCACGAAACCAAGAUCCCUCGCCCGAAAGAUUUGGAAGACGACCCCAUUUGGUGAGCGAAUCUGCUACAUUCAGCUUGGUCGGAACGUAACGCCAGUCCGUCAAUUUGGAGAGACUCAGAAUUUCUCCGAUUCUGAAGCCGACGAAGGGUUGAUAACGACGUUGAUCAGAUUGAAUCCAGGAGAGAACGGUUUGAGAAUCGCUCCAGAAGUAAGUUUGGCCUAUAGGAAGGGAAUGAUUGUUCCUGACAGCGAGACUCAGGUUCGCCCCCAAAGCUGCUGCUUUCAAUUCGAGCCAUGGAAUGGAAAGUUGUUUAAUCGGUGCCACUUUCGAUCGAGCCAGCACCAACGAACAUUUUAAUUAAUAGAUAAUUCAUCGUUCUGGGUAUCCCACAUGAUGCCGAGAACUCGUUCAUAGUGUGUCGCUUUAUCUCGGUUCAAAUGGAUGGACUCUCUGGAGCCACCGUCAACACUCAAGCAUCGAAGAACUUCAGUGGAAUUAGUUGUCCAGUUGGUAAUUUCGAAUCUACCUUUCGUAUGAAUAAAAUGUACCUCUUUAGCCCGCUCGAUAGCUUCCUCUUCGGUGUCGAAGCUGUCAUAGUAGUCGUCGACGUAAUGACUGUGAACUAUGGCUGCUGCUGCUGCUGCUGGAUACCUAGUAGAGAACUGCUGGGCGUUGAGGUUCUUGAUGUAUUGCGCCGAGCACGGAGAACUGGCAGCGCCGAAGGUGGCUACAUCCAUUACGAACACAGUAGGAUGAUCAUCUCGCGGAUAACGGAAAAGAAACCUUUGCGCCUGCUUAUCUGCAUCUCUUAUCCUGAGCUGGUGGUACAUUUCUUUUAUGUCACCUCCCACGGCAACUCGACGCUCUCGAAAUUUGCUGAUGACUGCCGGAAGUGAUGCCAUUAGAUCAGGGCCUUUGAGCAGGUAAGAAUUGAGGGAAACACAUUGGGACUUGGGCGCUACAUCCCACACCAAGCGUACCUUAUGUGGUUUCUUCGGAUUCAGUACUACAUUUAGCGGAACAUACCACACGGAAGAGAGAUUGGUAUUCAAUAGUUCCUCUUUCGUGGCCUUGUGGCAGAAAACCUUUGGCCAGGUAGUAUUCGAUCUGUUGGUUGAUAUUUUGUUGCAGGUGUGGUUCUCGGUUGAACCCUCGAAGCUCCUCAGCCUAUUCGACGCCAUUGGAUAGCUUUCUGGAAACACGGGUUCUUGUUCCAAUAUGAGCCCCGUUUCGAAGCGGUCGCCUACACAAACGGUUGUCGAUUCUAGGAUGUAACGGGCUCUGGGAAUUUCCUCCGAUUUCAUUAACUGCCCAAACGGUGAAGGCAAUUCCUCCUGGACGUACUGCUCCGCCAUCAGAUUCCCGAUUAUUCAAACUCUGAACCAGAUGGUGAUUGAAGUAGCUAUGUCGCUGUUCCGAUCUCAAAUCGGGACCGUAGAUUGUCCAACCCAGCGCUGAGCGCACGGCAAUCGGUUCUCCGGGCACCAACCUUGGACUCCAGAGGGGCAAAUAGGUGUAGAUUAUCAAGACCGAUGAGAACUGUGGGAACCUCUAUCUUGGUGUUCGACAAAGCGACUUCGCACAAGUGUCGAUACUUUUCGACAAUGCUUCCGUAACUCGUCUUCUGCAACGGCAGCUUCAAUUCUCCCACGGUAUGGGCAGACGACAGCCUGAACUUCCGUCGAGAUGCUGCAGAGGAUAUCAUCAGGACGAUUUUCCGUGAAGUAUCUUCGUUUCACUUGACAUUUCCUUUCCACACAAUGACAAGAGGUUCCGGGAUUCCUUCAACGCCCAACGAUUUAGCUAACGAGCUCUCAACAAGUGUUGUUGAAGCUCCCUUAUCCAGAAACGCCAACGUGUCGACAGCACUUUCUCCGUGGUACAAAGUGAUAGGUAUCAUUCGGAAGAUUAUUGACCGAUCUAUCUUUAGAUGUGGAUUACACUCAGCUACAGUGACGUUGACGGCUUCUUCAUUACAGUGCAGCAGAGUGUGGUGUGCUCCUCUGCAGCUUCCUAUCUCGCACUGGACCUUGAAGGUCUAUAUGGUCCAUGGUCGCUCAGGCAAAGGUUGCACAACUUCAGCCUGUCUACCAACUUUCGACGUUCGAACAACGAGAUUGAUGCGAAAUCAUCAAAGAACCUCAGCUUGUGAUCUGUGCGAUUGGUCUUCUGGAUUUCACAAGUGUCGUAUUCUGCGUAGCCGGAAACACUUUAACGUCGUGGGUAUUCACUCGCUCCUUCCUUUUAUACCGGGUUGUUCCUUCAUCCAUUGCGGUUUUCUGCUCUCCCUUGAAAUCUGUCAGUUCAGAGACUUCUGAUACGAUUCCAUUCAUAAAAUCGGUGAACAUACAGAGUGGCAGGCCAAUCUUACCUCUCUUAAAACGUAUCCACUCCAGCUGAUAUUCGGAUGGUAGCUUGUUCACCAGAUCCGAAACGAGCAUGGGAUUGCUCAGGUGAUCCUGCAGCUUGGCUGCCACUAAAUGAUCACACAAUUGUUUGACAGUGAUCCCAAAAUACAGAAAAGAUUCCAGCUUGUCCACUCGUGGGACUGGCACCUUCAGCACUUUGGUCACGAGCGAUUUCAGCAGCUUCUCCGGAUUGCCGAAUAGUUGACGCAGAUCCUCGAUCACUUCCGGCACAGAUUCGGGCAUGAGUUAUUUGCUUUGAACCGCUUCCUUCGCUAAUCCUUGUAGACUGUCCUGGAGUCUUUUUAGAUUGUCUACAUUUGUGAAUCCACAAGCUGUUGUAGUGUACUCGAAACAGCUUGUGAACUGGGACCAGACCUCGGGCUCUACACGGAAAGUAGGGAGGUGCUUCGAUGCAGCUUGCCGCGCAGCCAAUUGUUCCUUGGUUGGUCCUGCACUCAAGUGACAUGCUUGUGCAUACGACUCGAGGUUACCUUUGCGCUCCAACAACUUCGUGAUGAAAGCCUCUUCCAGCUUCUUCAACUCCGGAUCAUCCGGUCCGUUUAUUCCCGGUUCCUCUCUAGAUCCAUACCCGGUUUCUUUCAAACGCUGUUCCAAUAAUUGUUUGAAACGAUGUUCGGAAUUCACUUUCACCGGCGUAUCCCAUUUUGGACCCAAACUCCGACCUGUUCCUGUUGAUGCUGUUUUAUUGAACAAGCGUAUUCACUGGCUCCGGAACUGUUACAUCAUGCCGUUCAUUGUACGAUCCGCGUUCGACCAUGGGCAACUUCGGUACGGCAACAUCUUCCUUUGAGUAGGCUCCACGGGGAUCAUUCUGCUUCUCCACCCUGCGCUACGUCGUGUCCGAACCGAUUUCCGGAUCCCGCGAUUCAUCUUCGCUUCCCGUUUCGAACUCCCGACUUAACUCCGCUUUCAUCUUUUGAAACUGAUCCCGCAUUUGUUUCUGGCGGAUCAGGAAAUCCUUAUGGUCCGCUAGUUCCACCUCUAACUGCUCCUUUUCCUGCCGAAGCUUUUCCGCUUGCUGCCUCUAGUUCAGUGCUCUUCUUUUUUCGUUAAUAGAACGUUCAAGCACAGAUAAAGUUCAAGUGCCAAACGUCUAUCAAACAGCACUUGUUCCUCCUCCAGUUGCUGCUCGAUCGCAGCCGAUUCCUGUUCCAGGAUACUCGGGGAUUCUUGAAGGAAUGCUCGACCUUCUCGCAAUUUUCCGGAGUCCGACCCGAUAUCACUCUUUGCACUUCCUGUCCGUUUGGGAACACCUUUUUAGCCGGUUUCCUUAUUUUCGGAAUGUGCAGCAUAUUGCUGCAUUUCUUGCAGUUCCAGGGCACUUUCUUUACCGCUUCGGUGACACCUGCGCACCGAUAGUGGCUUCAAAAAUUGCACAGAUCGCACUGGACCCUGUCGUCAUCACUAUCGGUCUUGUCGCAGUACAUGCAAUUAAGAUUCUCUGCUGACUCCUUCACAUUCACUAAUGUCUCAUUACCUUUAUCCGACAUUGUGAGGUUAUGUCCACGGCGGCUUAAUUAAUCUUUAAGAUUGUUCGGACAAUUAAACAAAUCUUCAGGGCAGCUUUCUUGUUUAGCAGCUUAAAGCUAAAAGGAUUCAUUUUAUUAAAAAAAAAACGAUUUUGUGGACUUACAUUAAGUUUCUUCGCACGGACAAUCACGCCGUUACACCGGAAUCAAAUUAGCAGAUCUUUCGGUCGUAAAUAAUGUAGAUCGGAACCUUUAACAACGAAUAUUGAAAGUGAGACUAAUGAAACGGUAAUUAAUCGUUAUUUACUUACGAUCCGACUACUUUUGUGUCCUGUAGGAGCUUCUCUCAACGGUUGAACAAUCCUUGCAGGUUAAAUUUCUGUUUCGAUAACCUAUCGUUUAAGAAAUAAAUUUUAACAAUCGUUCUCGAGCAAAUGAGUUUAAAACUUACAGGUUUCCUCAAACGAUCUAACACUAUGACACUACGGCUCAAAUAUAGGGUAUAAAUCGACCUUUUCACCGGGAAAUCUACACCUUUCAACCGCCUAAAUAGCACAACGCACGCUACAACUAUUUAUUUUUCACCUUCGUCUUUCUUUUUGUUUUGUUUACAAAUUGUGUUAAUGAUUUAUCUGUCGCGCACUUCCCGACAGGGCUGUCCAGUCGAGCAGUUAUUACACGCUCAACACUAAGGCCACUUAGAAAAAUGAACUCUCUAAAAAAGUUUUGGCAAUUUUACUUUCAGUCAAUCGUCACUCGAAAAUAAGCACAAAACACUUCAUUCGAAAGAGCUUCGUUUUCAGUUUCUCUUCACAUCAGCCACUCUUCACAUUCGGCAAACACUUUCACCUCAGUUUCUUUCAUUCCAAAACGGCAAACAUCAAUUUCAUUUCGAAACGAAAUUCGAGCAAAUCCCUUUCAAUGAGAGUUUUGUUGCUUAUACACAAAUACCAACAUAAAGAAAGGACGUGCGAACUGUCAUCACAAAAGGGAACUACGUCAUUGUGAAUCGACCCAUUGCGAGCGCGCUUAACUCCAAUUGUAAAAAAUACGUAUGCACACUGUCAACUAGAAGAAGUCAUUAAUUACUAAAAUAAACCUAAUUUAAGUUAAGUUUUUCGGUGGUUUCUGUUACCCUUCGAUGAAAAUAUUUUUUGUUUACCCAGAUCAACAAAAAUCUGUGAAGCUUUCCGGAGCUCGCGUUUCAAAUUAGUGAUAAUGGAAACAAUAAUAAAACAGGUUAAAGGUGUGCAGAUUAAAUCGCUAACCAAAAACACUUGCACCGCAAUACUCCAACGAUAGGAUACAAUAAACAGGAAGCGAUCCGUAUACCCUAUCUCUACAAAGUGCAAAUGGAAGCAAAUAACAAAAACAACUUAAAAUAGAACUGUUUAGCUAGAAUGUUCAAUUGCAAUAAAUGCCGGACAGCAAAACAGAACUCAAAAGAAGGCAACAACUAAUCACCCUAACACGAAACUGCACAUCCACCCAUUGAAAGGUACACGGCGAAACAAACUUAGUCAUUUACUUGAAUGGGUUAAACCAAAACAAAAAGUAGGUAAAGACGUUGGCAAACAUUCUGCUAAAUUGCUUAUGGAGAGAAAUUGUGAGGAAGGUAACAGCUUCCCUACACCGAAUCGACUAGACGAUACGAACAAUUUAAUGAUUGAAAUGAAACAAAAAUAAAACAUGACAACCAGCUAAACUGGUUAGUUUAAGAAACAUAAAUUCACAAUUAAAAAAAAAAAAGAAGGAAAACCAAAACUAGCUACUAAUGGACUGCGGACAGGUGAAAUUGAAGCGCAAAGUUGUGAGAAUUUUUACGGAAAAGUUUUCAGGUUAAGAAGAUUUUCUAAUAUGUUUGAAAACCGGUUAUAUAAAUUCAAGAACGAUUUGUUGCGGGUCAUUAUUCGAAGGGGAAAUAAAAAACGAACGUGAUGAGACACACAAAAAUCAGCAUUUAAACAUAAUUUGAACGUCAAGUGACGGAUAAAAACUAAACAAAAAAAAAAAAACAAAACAAAACAAAAAAUGGAAAGCCCUAACUUUAACUUGUUGUUCGUAACUAGAAUUAAACGAUUGUAAUGCAAGGAAAUUUUAGGUAACGAAAAACUUGCAGCAGCAACCUAUUAAUGAGUAAAAAAACGCAUUGAAAUGAAGAUGACUCGAAAGAACCCCGCCUCAGAAGGUGGUGGUUGAUAAAAAUUAUAGUUUUUCGCUUAUUGUGAUACUUGAGGAAUGACAUGUGUAUUGUUCUCCCUAUAUAUACAUAUACUUUUCCGUUACACGCUUAUUCUAAAAACAGUUAUUAAUGGGUAAACUCAACUACAAGCUUGAUGUUAGUGGGAAUCGAAUAUGCACGGAUUCCCGACCGGUAGAAGUUGUUUCCCAGUUAUUUGGAGCUCUUAAACGAUAGGUACUAAAUUAUAGCAAAGAAAAAAAAAUAAAACAAUUGCAUUAACUCAUCUUAUCCUUGCAAGCGAAUGCGAAAAUGUAUAUUUAUUAGCUAUUGUUUCAUUCAUCUCUUGCUGACAAAUAUUGAAACCGAUCGAAUCACAUGUACUUCACACUAAGAAUCUAACUACAUGAACUCAUCGAACGAUUGUUAUCAGCUUGCCGGUUUCGUUUUAAGCAAAGGGCUACCUAGUGAACAUCAUUUACCGAUAUUGAAACGUAAAAAUAAAACCAGCAAUUGUUAGGUUAUACACAAUGCUCGAAACAGCUUUAACAAAAAUCGGUUGACAGUUUUCUUUUGUAACAAAACAAAACAAAAACACAGCUUUCGCUCUUUCUUAAUUUUUUCGUUCGAAUUCUCGACUCACACGCACACAUCUACACUCCUCGGAUCAUUUUGUGAGUGGGCCGAAGUGAUGCAACGACGACGGGAACCGAUUGAGACUUGAUCUUGGAAGCGUGCGAAACAGUGACAGCUAUAGUGUGUGCAAGAAAAUAUGAUGUGAAAAGUUUGUGAUAGGGAAUGGCGAGUUUUGUAAGGAAAUUUAUACAGCAGUUUUUUUUUUUAUUCUAUUACAGAUUAAGUGACUAUCGGUGCAGUGGUGUUAGUGUUUUAUUCGGCAAAUUUUCAUUGCUUAUGUUUUAAAUGACUCACUGUCGAUCUCUAUUUUUCGUUUCGUUUCAAUCAUGAAAAAAAAGAAGCCGUUAAUGGGGCGGCAUAAUUUUAAACAACUCACAUAGAAGUUAAGUUGACAACAUGAAUAAUUUCGGAGAAACCUAAACCGAGUUGAAGUCUGUGAACAGAACGAAAAAAAAUGACACAAACAUAAAAAAAAUCAUUCAAAAUGGGAAAGCCAUAGAUAAUGGUCCGCGAAAAAAAAAAUUAUCAAUGAAACCUAUUAACCACAAAGGUGCAGAUUUGAAGCUUGGGGAUGGGAUUUUCUCUCUCACACACACAUACACACUCACACUCUUGCGAAAUAAAAUACUGCAAGCUCCAAAUUACAUUAUACUACUUACACUUACCACUUAUGAAAUGAACAACUUAAGCAGCGGCAAAAAGAAAAAUGAAUGAAACCCAUUGCAAAGCGAGUAGGGCAGCGAGACAUUGACAAAAAAUUGUUAAAGAUACGUGUUCGGAAGAAAUCUUAGGAUGGGAAGAAAAAGGUAACAAACGCUAUGAAUCUACGGUAGUUUUUAAAGAUCGGAAAUAAAACAUUCUAAAAUCCAAA